CGCUCAGCUGUGCGUCACAUGUCGGGUAUCGCGAGUCCUACUCCUGCCCGUGAACCAUCGUAUCGUGUACCGCUUGUUCGUUCAGGCUACCGUAAAGCGCCGGAUUUCUAUUUACCGGCAAGCGUUAGACAUAUAUUAUGCUAUCUACCGCGUGCACGUCAACAUAUUAUCACGAAUCGAUCACGAAGUGCCUCGAACAUGCGGACGGCGUGACAAAUCCAGGCAACGGUGCACGCCGUUUUGUUGAUACAUUGAGUUCUGUGUUCAGGCCGCGAAGGCCACCGCGUCCUUCCACGGUCUAGAAAUCAAUUCUAUCGAUUUCAUGCAAAACUGCCGAUCUAGCCGGCGCAUACGUGUUAUUGUGGAACGAUGACCUAAACCGACGGUGUCAUUCGCGGGAAAUUCCGGUGAAACGGUAAAAAUUUCGUACGACGCAACGUGCAUCGGCGUUCCUUGCUCUCGCAAGUGUAUUUCCGAAUGUUCGGUCGAUUCGUAGGUACAAUAUCGAUUGUGUCAUUUGCAUCGUUCGUCGCGAGUUUCGGACUGUUGGAUCGCGCGUGCAUUAUCGUUUGUCGUACGGUGUGAUCGAAUCGAUCGACUUAUCGUUUACGAUUCACGUUGACGCGGAGUGUCGUUUGUGGAAAUAAGAUAGAAAGCAGGCGUGAAGAAACAACUAGUGCAAAUGAGCUUUACGAGAGACCAUUCGACGCGAGACACUAUCGAGAACGAAACACGCCACGGUGUCCCGUGAAAACAGUGCGGUCGAACGAUAUAUCGAUUUACCGGCGUGAUCACCGAGAAGUCGUUUAUUAGCAGAUCCAACGAAUAAUGUCGACGGGCAAGAGGCUGGCAAAACGCAGCAUAAUCGGCACCAGAGUGUGUGCUCCCGGCGAGGACGGGAAGUAUUAUAGCGGCGUCAUUCACGCUGUGAAAACGCCGGCGUCAACCGCCUCCGAGUCGGGUCUUAGCAUUACACCGAAGACUCGCUAUUCUGUGCGGUUCGAUUCCGUGCCUGGUGGCCGUCCACCGAGUCCAAGCACCGAAUACUCCGAUCGCGACCUGAUCGGGCCAGGUUUCGGUUCCGUUACUACCGCGCGGCUUGUGCCUGGCCAAAAAGUUUAUCUGACGUACAACGGACGGGAAAUUCACGCGGAGGUCACGCAGCAUCGCGAGCAUCUCGACGAGGUGGACGUGAUUAUCGCGCCAAACGGACAAGAGACGUUGAGCUUGACCAAACGUAUAGACGAGGUCAGGUUGCUCGAGUCACGUAAGAGCGCUCGGCUGGCUGAUCAGGAUACAGAUUUCGCUAGGCUCGCCGAUAUGGCUGGUGACCGCAAACGGGCCUCUUCCCACUCCAUCGACGUGCCACACGUGAUCGGGGUCCCUAGCAAGAGGCUCUUUAUCCUCGAAAUACGAUCCAGGAAGCGGCGACCCAGCUCGAGCAACGACUCCGAACGGUUGUACAGCGGUUGGAACGACCGAAUACCCCAUGGAUGUGGUCGCGAGGGUUGCCGUACCAACGAGCGUGGCGACUGCAUGGACGAAUGCACCGCUGCCCUGGUCCUCAUGUCGCUCUCAUGCUCGCCACACAGUCCUCACAAUCCCUUGCCACUUCACUGCCAGCACAAUUACGGUUCCUGGGGAGGUCGAGGAGGAGGAGGCGGUGGCGUGGUCGUCGGCUCACCAGGAGUCGGCGGUACGUCGAACAGCAGCAGCAGUAGCGGGGCUUCUUGGCGAAGUGGCACCCCCAGUCCGCCCCUCAGCGACGAAGGGGCACCGACAACGGGUUCCUUAUGGCCGACACCGGCUCAUCCUUCGCACAAUCAGCAACACUACUCCUACAACGUGUCCGGUUCGUCGUCGAGCAGCACCCCGGGCUCGACCACCACCCUGGACGAGGGCAUAGUGCCGGAUUACCUCGAGGAACAACACCCGCGCAAGAAGAAGAUCCGAGCGAAAGUGAAUCGAGACCCGAUCGAGAACGGACCCACGAACUGCGCGACCUACGAGAGCGAACAGGCAAAUGCAGCGGUGGUGUUCAAAUGCACUUGGCCAGGCUGCCUGGAGAUCAAAGCCACCGUCGCGCUCAUCGAGGAACACGUGCGCCAAUCGCACUUGGGGCCGAAAAAGUCGAAAGGCUACGACAACGAGGAGGACGACGACAUGUCCGAUCACGAGGAGGAGUUCUAUUAUCAAGAGGUUGCCGUGGAUCACAUGAGCUCGCCGCCGACGAUGUCGCACCGGGACAUGGCCAGGCCGCCCCACGAGGAUCCUGAGUACCAGAAGCAGCUUCGUCUGGAGGCAACACCGGCGACAAACAACACCGAGAACGUGUUGGUGGGAAUCAGAGAACGGAACACCGCGUUCGCCAUUUCGCAAUCGCCGGGUACACCGAUCAAACACAUAAAGCUUUCGCCGAGGCCGUUCCAGGCGUACCAACAGAAUAUGGGUUUGCUGACAGUCUCCACGGGCAAGAUGCCGUCCUCACCGCGGCGAAUACGCGGCGAGACGAAGAAAUGCCGCAAGGUCUACGGUAUGGAGCACCGCGACCUUUGGUGCACACAGUGCAAAUGGAAGAAGGCCUGCAGCCGUUUCGGCGACUAGGCCAAGCGACCGUCCCGUUCGUACGUCCGCGGGCGGAGAUUGUCGCCGUGCCGACCCCAGAGUUUGCCAAUGCUACGUUAAAACAAAACAACAACAACAAAAAAAAAAACAAAAACACACUUCUCACCAACUGCCAAUUGCCAAUUUCCGAUCGUCGUCGUCGUCGUCGUUGCCAACGCGGCGGGACGCGCGCCGCGUUCCGACGAGGACCGCGAUCACCACCGACGCUGUGGAUCGCAACAGCGACGAGAAGAGAGGGGUUUUUACCCUAUUUAUCGUCCACCAUCUUCCAGAACGGGGCACUGUGUUCGCUCUGUCCAUCCCGAGAAAGACCGGGUCCGCCGCUACGGUAAACGAACAGCAGCGAAUGAAAAAGCAAACCUCCCCUCCUCUGUGUUCUUCUUGUUUCCCCGUCGUCGUGUUUCUUGGGAAUUCCAUGAUGGGUGGGUGAAUGGACAAAAGAAAAAAAAAAGAAAAAAGGGGGCACGAGUUUCGCCGGAGAAUACGUCAAUCCCAUGACGGAUGGCGGACGGUUGGAUGGGGGCCGAUAAUUACGCGCAGCAAGAGAAGAUCUCGUCGACUGCUCGCUCGAUGUCAGUGACAGGGCGGAGAAUUUUGGGCGGACGGAUCGUUGACCGAUCGUCGAACGAUUUCUUAUCGCUCGUCUGGCACUUGGCAAACUCCGCUAGGGUCAUUUUUAGCCGUAAAUAAGGGGAUUCGAUUAGUAGAUAGCGAAUAAUUCUUUGGCGUGCGGAACGAGGCGUCCCUUAGACUGUUGCGCUUGUCUCUGUCUCUCUCUCACUCUCUAUCCUUUAUCUCUACUAUACGAGGGCGCCGGGACACACGUCGUGCCUCGUUCCCGUCACGCCAGACGAAAUCUUUUGGUUCGGUACGUAGAAGAGAUAACGCGCUCGCUCGAUGUCCGGCGAGCACGCAUGUCCCUCGAUGUGCUGGUUCCCGAACCGAUUCUUAGGUCAUUGCAAUAGGUCUUCCUUCGUCCGAUCCGUGGAACGGUUCCAUCCCGCUGUUUCAUUGGUCCGCGGUACCGAACGUCGCCCGCCUUCGAUGAGCGCGCGUCGUUCCUCUCGUCCACGAGUGUUGUAGGGAGAAAAAGAGAUCAGUCCUGGGUAAACCCUCUAUUGCAAUGGUUUCCAAAGUCCCUUGGAUGCCGCGCCACUUACUAGAGAAAAUUCCCGCGUCCAAGGUUUACAACGAAACUAUUUUUACCUUAUUUAUUUUAAUUAAUUUCGAUAGUAAAUUAUUUUUAUAUUCAUUUUUAUCGAUCGAACUAUCUGCAAGACCUCUAGACGAAUUAAUAAAUACUUGAGAUACUCUCACGUUGGUAAAUAAUAUUUAUUACAUUAUACAUUGCAAAUCAUGCGACACGAGUUUAAAUAAACUUUAGAAUUUAUUUGUAACAAUUAUUCUUUUUAAUGGGUAAAAUCAACGCAUUAAUAUAUAGAAGUAUUAAGUUAUACAUAUUAUUCUACGUUAAUCGAUUUAUUUCGCGUCUCCUGAUUUAUAGAUCACGCGCACAAUCUUUUCUUGCGGGGAUGUGUAAUAUAAAUUAUUGCAAGGCAGCCCCGAAAAAUCAUUUAUCGUUCGAACAUUAACGAAAUCAUGAAUACAGAAAUAACUACGAAAUAAUUUCUUUCUUCGGGAGAUAAUAUAAAUUUCGUGCAAUAGAAGGUUUAGAAGAAGAAUGUGGUCAUAUAGAAAGGCUGACUAAAUCGUCCGACCUAGAGAUGGACAAAAUUCGAUUCGAAUAAUAUGUAAUUUCAUUUUAUCGUUCGGACUGUAAUUUUUAUUGACCAAACGACAUACCGAAAAUUGUUUAGUUUUCGUUUUACUGUUCGAUAUCUGUAUCCGGAUAAAAAAAAAGAAAUGCCCUGGUUCGUCUCUGGUCUGACCCAACACGAGUCGUGAUUCCUUCCAUUGAUGUUACUUUCUCCCGGCAAUGCGCGCGCGAACGAAAGCGUUUCGGGCGAAAGGAAGAGGACCGAAACGUUCGAAAUUCGGUUUGACCGAUGUUCUUCCUGGAAGGACGCAGGCGGGCAAGUUGAACGAACAUUGCGUCGAACAGGGCUAAUUGUGAUAUUUUCUCUAAAUUUUAUCGGAUAUUAAUCGUGGGCCGACGAGGCUGAUGACGAAAUAAGAAUAAAAAAAAACGAAAAAAAAUAUAAAAGUAGCGGGUGAUAUAUAAGGAGCUUGCGACAAAAAUUUGGGGGUUGGGGGGUGUGACGCGCGUGGAAAAACAGAGAAAACAAAAUUU